UUCGGAUUUGAGGUUCGCUGUCGAGUAAAGUCUGGUAUCAACCAAUGCUAUAUAGACGUAGUUACAUCUUUUCCCUCAGGCUUUUCAUAUCUUACAUGUACUUCCAUUCCAGGUCAUGUUCUUGUCGAAACCACAUGGAGGAUUGAGCUCUGGUGCUUGCAAGAGACGCGGUUGCCGCCAGGUCGUAGUACUUUUGUCAUCUGUAUCUUCAACAACAACAUGCAAAGGUGUCGAAUCAACCGAUUCCAUACCUUACAUAUACAUUCAUGGUCUGGAUCCCGUCCCAGAGCGAAUAGCAGACGCACAAGAUGCUGUGUCUCCGUCUUGGCCCAAUGAGUGACGGGCCACGCCUGGCUGCACUGCUGCCAUGUCCUGCAUGAUUUCGAAAGCGAACCAUUCACGAUGAUGGCAAUUCAAGCGUUGCAUCUUCGGCAGUUUUAGAUAACG